AUGUCCUUCUCAUCAGCUUUCACAGCAGAUACGACAGUCACCUCGGCGUGCGAAGCCGAUAUUGACCCAUACAACCUCGAGCGAUUCAUCACGGCGCAAGAUCAGGGCGGCGCGUUUGAGAAAGUCCUCGCAGCCUUCCGCGGGGGGCACCGCAAGCCCAGCCCCACCACCUGGAUGUGGUUCGUUUUCCCCCAGAUGGACCACUGCCAGACGCAGUCGCUGCGUGUGAAGCUGAGUGAAGGUCACUCUCGUUAUGAGGACGUCGACGAGCAGACCUGGCGGAGAAAAGACGUUUGGCCCAAAGGCCAACCUCUCACCAGCCUCGACGAGGCCCGCACGUACCUCGGACACCCCAUCCUUGGCCCUCGCGUCCGCGAGGCCGCAACUGCCGUCCUCAACAGCCCGUUUGCCGACAAGUUCUCAUUGAUGGACAAUUUCUCUAUGGAUGUCGCGCGCCUGCACUCCUCGAUGACCAUCUUCCGACAGGCUACGCGGUUCCCUCAGUGCAUCCACGACAAGAGGCGCCCACCCGGCGAGAACGGCGUCUUUGCGCAGGUCAUCAAUCGCUUUUUCGUCUCGGAAAAGCGCAAAGACGAGGAGAAUGACCGGCUGGAAUUCGAUGACAAGAAGCCGAUGAUACACCCUCGAGGGUCUCGCCACAAGCCCACGCUCGAGCAACUAGAUCAGACGGAGCAGGUGGAGAUUGAGCGGCGCUUGAAGAAAGGGCUGGGCUGUGUGUGUGGUCGCGCCAAGGAUAUGCUGGAGAAGAUGGACAAGGGCACGCAGAGCAAGAUGCAGAAGUCUCAAAUGGCUAUGGAGAAAGAGAAGCAACGGAUACGAAAAUCACGGGAACGCAAGCGAAAGGAGCAAGACUUGCAGGACAAUGAGAUCCGAACUAUCCUCACGUGA